CAUGUCCUCCCCUCCCCAAAAAGUCGCUCUAUAUGCGACCAACGACCUCAAAAACGCAACCGAUGACGCCGUGGCUCCUUUCUUAACCUCAUUACCCAAACCAUACACCUUUACGCAACAACAUAAAACCACCAAUAUACGCCUCGCUUUAGGCUACACUGCCGUCGCCAUUGCCGGCGCUUUGUUCUACGCGGACUACAAACUCGGAUGGGAUGCAACAAAACCAUACACCGCACCUGCCUGUAUAGCAUAUUUCCUCCUCAACUCGGCCUUGACAUACUGGAUAUGGGCCGUCGAAGCGGGGACGAUAUUCGUGGGGACUAGAGAAGGGGGACAAAAGUUGACAAUAAAGUCCUCAGCCAAGAAACAUUCAUCGAUAUACAAACUGAAAAUCACAUAUGAAGCACCAUCAGGCAAGAAAUGGGAGGAUAAAGAAGUCUCGACCUCCUUCACCGAAUGGUUCAGCAUUCAGGGAUACUUGCAGAAGAAGGAGUUUCAGGCAUGGUUGACCAAGAAUAUUGAUGUUCUCAAGGUGGCUCAAAGUGAGGGCAAGUUGCCAUCGCUAACAAAUGCCGAUGCCGAUACCAAUACCCCGGCUAUCUCAGAUGCCGAUAUUGUUACAUUUGGCGCAUCUGCUUUUUCGUCGGGCUCGGAUGCGGCUACAACGACCAUGGCUGCCGCUGCGGGAGCUCCUCCUCCACAAAGUGCGAAGAAAUCUCGUUCAAAGAAGAAGCCUUGAGAAAGUGCGUGUGGGUCGACUUACGACUGCCUCUUUGGUCCAAAAGAAGGGAAGGGAUCUGGUGUAACAGCCCUUUUCGCCGACUACUUGGUCGCUCUAGCGAUACGAGCCUGUUCAUGUUCAUGUUCACCAAAACUGCCUAGUCUCUACACACGUCACAAGCAACACAGCACCGUCCAAGUCGCAUCACGUGUCGGCCUCUUCCUGGAACCUUGUUUUGAAUGCAUCCCACAUUAUUGAGGCAAGGGUUGCGAUCUCGCCAACGUCCAGGAAGAUGAUUGAUUAGAUCGAUCUACAACAAGAUCGGCAUAAGAUGACCACUAACAAUGUAUUUCAAUCUUCUGGGCCAUGCUGACUGGUAGCUGUGAGCUUGAAUGUACUAUGGGAUGAAGGAGGAUGAUUCAUAGUCGAGCCCAUAAAAGAGUCACCGACAUGAUCAAUCUCCAUAU